CCGAGACUGAGCGUGGACAGGACUUGGUUGUACAGCUCCAGUGCCUCCAUCCUCUCUCCCCUCUCAUCCUUACUUAGAGCCUCUGAUACAUAAUUUUUGGCAGUGUCAAAGUAGCUCUGGGCCAGAGUCAGUCUCCUGGUGGACAGGGAAUCAACGGUAGUAGUACUGGCCGUCGUGGAGGACAGGGAGGGAUACAGGACCUCGUAUUGCGGUGGAGCGCUCGGAAUUGGGUCUCUGGUGGCCUGAGACUGGGUUCCUGGCCGUCUUUGCUGCUGCAUCGUCGCCAUAUCUCAGCCACCCUGCUGGAGACAAUGAUGAUUCAGCAGAAAUUUGUUAUGCUCUAAUUUAGCGACGUCACUUGUUCACUCAGAAAUAUCGAAACCCCAAAGCGCAAUAAUUAGCUUAGCCGCGCCGGAGAGGUGUAUUAUACGGAGCAGGACGGACGGAGGGAAUCUAUCUAUCGUUGCCAUAAAAACGCUACAGCAGACAAACCAAAGAAGCGCUCUCGUUGCCGAGCAUCUGGAGACAUGUCGCUGCUACGGAGUCCAGCCGUGAACUUUGACGAGAAGUGGGCCGGGCUGAGGGAGACGAUAGGCCGCGUCGUGAAGCUCCAGCCGGUGGAGAUGGCCAAAUGGAACGACCACUACUCAGAUAUCUAUGCCCUCUGUGAGGCAUUCCCAGUGUCCUAUGCUGAAAGACUGUACUCCGAGACGGAGAAAUACCUCAGGAGCUUAGUCGACGAUAUCUGCCUGUCUCUAACUAACCAAGACUCCCGCGGGAUGCUGGCCAGCUAUCAGAAACACUGGCUGAGCUACCAGCAGGGUGCAAAGUUCCUGCACAACCUCUUCUCCUAUUUCAACAGAGUCUCUCUCAAGAAGUACAAGAUGACGGAGCCCGACAGCUCGUUAGAGGCUAUUCUAGGGGGGGCCGACCCCCGCACCUCCCCCUGGGUGCCCCCUCGAGAUCAGAAAUAUGUGUCUGUGUGUGUGGAAGGAAGAUGUUCUGGAGAAACUUACCUCAUCUCUCAUGAAGGCAGUUCUACAAGAGAUUCACAGAGAUCGUGAUGGGGAGUCAGGUGACCUGGGAAUGGUUCGGGACACUGUCUUCUCUCUCAUUGAAGUUGAGGAGUACGCGAAGACGACUAGUCUGAGGUACUAUCAGACAGUGUUUGAGGCUCCAUUCCUGGCAGAGACCAAAGAAUACUACCUUCACACAGCUUCCAAACUGGUGAGUGAGAUGGAGGUCAGUGAGUACAUGCAGGAGGUCGUCGAGACUAUGAAGACGGCCAGGAGGCGUGGCCAGAGAUUCCUACACCCCACCUCCAUCACCAAGUUCACCAGAGAGUGUGAAGCCAGACUGGUAGAAGACUACCAGAACAGCUACCUCUAUUCUCAGCUCCAGCCAAUGGUACAGGAAGAGAGAAGACAAGACCUCAAGAACAUAUUCCAUCUUCUCAACGGCAUUCCUCGAGCCCUGGAUCCUCUACUUGACAAGUUUGAGGAGAGAAUAAAGUCCCAAGGUCUAGCAGCUGUUCGUCCAUGGAAUACAGACAAAGACAAGGCGACGUCAGGCAAUGUUGUAGAGUUCAUGGGGGCAGUAAUGGGCGUCCAUUCUCACUACCACCAACUGAUAUCCGAUCUCUUCUCGUCUCACAAACUGUUCUUCUCUGCUCUCGACCGGGGUUGUCGAGUGUUUGUGAAUGCACAGGAAAACCACACCCACCAGCCAAGAGCACCCAUUCUGCUGGCUAGGUACUGUGAUCAGCUCCUGAGGAAGUCUUCAAAAGGAGUUGGGGAACAGGAGGUCGAGGACAGACUGGAGGAAGUGAUAACAGUAUUCCGCUACCUCGACGACAAGGAUGUGUUCCAGAGAUUCUACUCUCGUAUGUUGGCACGGCGACUGAUGCAGAGUCUAUCUGUUUCCAUGGAGAUGGAAGAAGGAAUGAUUCAGAGACUUAAGCAUGCCUGUGGGUUUGAAUACGUGGCACGACUCCAGAGAAUGGUGGUGGACAUGAAGCUCAGCGAGGACUGCAUGGCCUCGUUUCAGGAACACCUCUCUAUCUCCUCCUCCUCCCUGCCCCUCGCAUUCACCACUCUAGUUCUACAGUCAGCUGCGUGGCCAUUCUCAAAACCAACUGGAAAUUUCAACGUACCUCCACAGAUGCUCUCUGUCAUUGAAAAGUUUGAGAGGUUCUAUGAGACAAAGUACACCGGGAGGAAACUAUCCUGGCUCUACCACAUGUCCCUUGGAGAUCUGAGACUCAACUAUCUGAAGAAGCAGUAUACAGUCAGUGCCACUACCCACCAGAUGGCCUACUGCUGGCUUUCAACACCGCUGAACAACACUCCUUCAGCUCCCUGUUAUUCCACACUGGACUGGACAACCAAGAGAUGACAUACACACUGCAGAGCCUUCUAACCUCAAAACUACUACUACUUCAAGAUGAGGAGACUUCGUUACACGGUGCUGACUGUGUGGUGUGCCUUAAUCAGAAUUACUCCAAUAAGAGACAAAGUCCAAAAUUACGGCUGCUCUCCAAAAGGACACACAACAGGAGGUGGAGCAGACGCAGGCAGCAGCACAGGAGGACAGGAAGAUGCACAUACAGGCAGCCAUCGUUAGAGUCAUGAAGGCCAGGAAAUCACUCAAACACAAUCAACUAAUUGAGGAGACCAUCCAGCAGGUGAAGUCGAGAUUCACUCCGAGUGUCGCUAUGAUCAAGAAAUGUAUCGAGAUCCUAAUGGACAGACAGUACCUCGAGAGACAGGAGACCGCUAGAGACACUUACGACUACAUUGCAUAGCUCGUGUCGUGUCUAUCUCUAUUACAGAUUUUUGUGCGUGAAUAAUAAUUUUUGUUUCUUUGUUUGGAGAUUUAUUGUGAGUUUAGAAAUCUUGAGUUUUGUCCCUCCACAAUAAUAGUAGUGGAAAAAGAAAUUUUUUAUCAGAUGCACAUGUAUAAAUAUGACUUUUGGCAAGCAAAUUAUAA